ACUUUUGUUUUCCUGCUCACUGCAGAGUUAGGCUUGCUGAGGGGCAGGCGCAGGAGUCCUGGCUGAGCUCGUGGCCUAAGGCUGCCUAGGGGCCGCGGGGAGUGUAAGUGCUGUGUGUGGGGCCACCCAUAAUGGGGGAUCAUUGAGGACACACCUUGGGGGGGCCUGGGGAGGGGCAGGAGGGGUGGAAUGGGCUGUUUCUCUACCCACCUGAUGCCCCGUCCCAGGGUUGCAAUGGCGGAGGCAGAGGCAGGGGUGGCAGUGGAGGUCCGUGGACUGCCCCCUGCCGUGCCUGACGAGCUGCUCACGCUCUACUUUGAAAACCGCCGACGCUCUGGAGGGGGACCUGUGUUGAGCUGGCAGAGACUGGGCUAUGGGGGCGUCCUCACCUUCAGAGAGCCUGCAGACGCUGAGAGGGUCUUGGCCCAGGCAGAUCACGAACUAGAUGGUGCCCAGCUGAGCCUGCGGCCAGCUCCACCACGAGCCCCUGCACGCCUGCUGCUCCAAGGACUGCCCCCGGGCACUGCACCCCAGCGCCUGGAGCAGCAUGUCCAGGCCCUGCUUCGUGCCUCGGGGCUCCCCGUACAGCCUUGCUGUGCCUUGGCCAGCCCCCGGCCAGACCGGGCUCUGGUCCAGUUGCCCAAGCCCCUUUCUGAGGCAGAUGUCCGUGUCCUGGAGGAGCAGGCCCAGAAUCUGGGCCUGGAGGGGACCUUGGUGUCCCUGGCCCGGGUUCCCCAGGCCCGAGCGGUGCGUGUGGUGGGGGAUGGUGCCUCUGUGGACUUGCUGCUGCUGGAGCUGUACCUGGAGAAUGAGCGCCGCAGUGGUGGGGGGCCCCUGGAGGACCUGCGAUGCCUACCCGGGCCCCUGGGCACUGUUGCCUCCUUUCAGCAGUGGCAAGUGGCAGAACGAGUGUUGCAGCAGGAGCACCGGCUGCAGGGAUCAGAGCUGAGCCUUGUCCCCCACUACGACGUCCUGGAUCCCGAGGAGCUGGCUGAGAAUACCAGUGGAGGGGACCACCCGUCCACCCUGGGGCCUAGGGCUACCAAGCAUGCUCUCCUGAGGACCGGAGGGCUGGUGACAGCUCUGCAGGGUGCAGGGACUGUGACAAUGGGCUCUGGCGAGGAACCAGGGCAGUCAGGGUCCUCUCUGAGGACAGGUCCCAUGGUGCAGGGUGCAGGGACUGUGACAACGGGCUCUGGCCAGGAACCAGGGCAGUCAGGGGCCUCUCUGAGGACAGGUCCCAUGGGGUCUCUGGGACAGGCAGAGCCAGUCAGCUCGCUGCCCAUGGGGUCUCUGGAACAUGAGGGGCUGGUAAGCCUGAGGCCUAUGGGGUUGCAGGAACCGGAGGGGGCCAUGAGCCUGGGGCCUGUGGGGUCUACAGGCCCAGUGGAGAUCUCUAAGGGGUUGCCGGGGCAGGAGGGCCUGGUGGAAAUUGCCAUGGACUCACCAGGGCAAGAGGGGCUGGUGGGUCCCAUGGAGAUCGCCAUGGGGUCUCUGGAGAAGGCAGGGCCUGUGAGCCCAGGACGUGUGAAGCCGGCAGGGCAGGAGGGCCUGGUGGAGAUGGUGCUGUUGAUGGAGCCAGGGGCCAUGCGCUUCCUGCAGCUCUAUCAUGAGGACCUUCUUGCGGGCCUGGGAGACGUCGCUCUCUUCCCACUUGAAGGACCAGAUGUGACUGGCUUUCGGCUCUGUGGAGCCCAGGCUUCCUGCCAGGCGGCUGAGGAGUUUCUGCGGAGCCUGCUGGGCAGCAUUAGCUGCCAUGUGUUGUGUCUGGAGCACCCGGGCAGCGCCAGGUUUCUCCUGGGCCCAGAAGGGCAGCACCUUCUCCAGGGGCUGGAGGCUCAGUUCCAGUGUGUCUUUGGGACAGAGCGCCUGGCCACAGCCACGUUGGACACAGGCCUUGAAGAGGUGGACCCUACCGAGGCCCUCUCAGUGCUCCCUGGCGACGCCCACACCCUGUGGACCCCAGACAGUACAAGUAGUGACCAGGAGGACGUGAGCCUGGAGGAGGUCCGAGAACUGCUGGCCACCCUGGAGGGCCUAGACCUAGACGGGGAGGACUGGCUGCCUCAGGAGCUGGAGGAGGAAGGGCCUCAGGAGCAGCCAGAGGAGGAGGUGACCCCAGGGCAUGAGGAGGAGGAGCCUGUGGCCCCCAGCACUGUGGCCCCCAGGCGGCUGGAGGAGGAGGCUGCUCUGCAGCUGGCCCUCCACCGGUCGCUGGAGCCUCAAGGUCAGGUGGCUGAGCAGGAGGAGGCUGCUGCCCUGCGGCAAGCCCUAGCCCUCUCCCUGCUGGAGCAGCCCCCGUUGGAGGCAGAAGAGCCCCUGGAUGGGGCAACUAAUGGCAAGGCCCAGCUGGUGGUUCACUCGGCCUUUGAGCAAGAUGUGGAGGAGCUGGACCAGGCGCUCAGGGCUGCCUUGGAGGUCCACCUCCAGGAGGAGACGGUGGGGCCCUGGCGCCGCACACUGCCUGCAGAGCUGCGUGCUCGCCUGGAGCGGUGCCAUGGUGUGAGUGUUGCCCUGCGUGGUGACUGCACCAUCCUCCGUGGCUUCGGGGCCCACCCUGCCCGUGCUGCCCGCCACUUGGUGGCACUUCUGGCUGGCCCCUGGGAUCAGAGUUUGGCCUUUCCCUUGGCAGCUUCAGGCCCUACCUUGGCGGAGCAGACGCUGAAGGGGCCCUGGAACAAGCUGGAGCGUCUGGCAGAGAACACCGGGGAGUUCCGGGAGGUGGUGCAGGCCUUCUACGACACCCUGGACGCUGCCCGCAGCAGCAUCUGCAUCGUUCGUGUGGAGCGCGUGUCGCACCCGCUGCUGCAGCAGCAGUAUGAGCUUUACCGGGAGCGCCUGCUGCAGCGAUGCGAGCGGCGCCCGGUGGAGCGGGUGCUGUACCACGGCACUACGGCGCCGGCAGUGCCUGACAUCUGCGCCCACGGCUUCAACCGCAGCUUCUGCGGCCGCAACGCCACGGUCUACGGGAAGGGCGUGUAUUUCGCCAGGCGCGCCUCCCUGUCGGUGCAGGACCGCUACUCGCCCCCCAACGCCGAUGGCCAUAAGGCGGUGUUCGUGGCACGGGUGCUGACCGGCGACUACGGGCAGGGCCGCCGCGGUCUGCGGGCGCCCCCUCUGCGGGGUCCCGGCCACGUGCUCCUGCGCUACGACAGCGCCGUGGACUGCAUCUGCCAGCCUGGCAUCUUCGUCAUCUUCCACGACACCCAGGCGCUGCCCACACACCUCAUCACCUGCAAGCACACGCCCCGCGCUUCCCCCGACGACCCCUCUGGGCUCCCGGGCCGCUCCCCAGACACUUAACCGAAGGGGCCACCCUCUGGCCUCCUGCUUCCCAGGCUCCCAGCUCCGCACAGGCUGAUGCUUCCACCCCCAACUGUGGCCGCCUGAGCUGUCCCCGGGGACGCCGCUGCCUCCCUCUGCGGGCUCCAGAAGGCGGUGUGGGGGAUGGGGGUCAGCAGCGGCAGAGGGGGGCUGGGCUAGGUCGCCGCCUGGGCCGACCCCACCACCAGGGGUCAGCAAAGCCCAGGAGGCGACACCGCCCGCCCGCUGCACCCAGACCUCGCCCGAGUCGGCUCUGUUGUUUGAAUAAACGUGAACGUGAACCCAGGCGGAAGGGCCCCGGGAACUC